CAAACCCAGUAAGGGGGCCUUUCUUUUCAAGGUUCGGUGUCUCAAGGGGACCUGCUGACAGGCGAGGCUUCGAGGACGCCUGAAUCCCUAGGCCAAGUGUAGGAGGCAGAGCUUCGGAGCGGGACUCCGCCCUGAGCCCCUCCCAGCCCCAGCCCCAGGUCCCCGGACCCUGGACUCCCCGGGACCCGCCCUCCCCCCGAGAAAGGCCCAGCCAUGGGCUCUCACUUCUCCCACCUCUCGGAAUUGGAAGACUUGGACUUGAUCCAGAAGGAGACCGGCUUCUCUUUGGCCAUUCUCAAUCGCCUCCAUCACCGCUUCCGGGCCCUGGACAGGAACAGUAAGGGAUAUCUGAGCCGCCUGGAUCUGCAGAGCAUUCGCGAACUGCAAGUGAACCCUCUGGGCGACAGGAUCAUCAACACCUUCUUCCCCGACGGGGGUCAGUGUGUGGAUUUCCGAGGCUUUGUGCGAGUCCUGGCUUGUUUUCGGCCGGCCGAAGAGGACGAGCCCCGCAGCGAUCCCGACUCCAAGGCUCCAGAGCCUCCCAACAGCCGCCGGAACAAGCUUCUGUUUGCUUUUCAGCUCUAUGACCUGGAUUGUGAUGGCAAGAUCUCAAAAGAAGAGAUGUUACAGGUAGGAGAAGGGGUGUGUGUGUGUGUGUGUGUGUGUGUGUGUGUGUGUGUGUGUGUUAUUAUCUCUGUGUGUGGUAUUUGUGUGUAGGAUGUGGAUCUAGAGAUAUGGAUGAAUGCUUCCCCCACCCCAAUCAUGUUCCUUCCUGGUGUACCCAUUGGUAGGUUCAGAGAGGAGACAAGAAGGAGCUGUGUGGGCCUGGAGUAGGACUGGAGACAGUAUAGCCCAGUGGAAAGGGUUCUAUGUUUGUUGUCCAGAAUGAGACCCAAUUCCUCUUUCUCCUCUUCUGUAAAAUCAGGGCAUUUCUACCAGCUGAUAGCCAAAAUCUGUC